UUGAACAUUGCACUUCACCCCAGGGUGUCACAUCUCCAUUUUUGCUUGAAAGUGACAUGAUGACUUUUAAAUUGAGACAGGACCUUAAGUGGCAAAGAAUGCACCUACUUAGCAAACAUACGCUGAAUUGUCUGGACAUUACUGAAGACGUUCUCAAGGCAUUGUUGGUCUCAAAGAGUGUAUAACGCUUUAACAUGCACCACGCUGCCAGUUUAGAGCACAGUAUGGCAUGUUGGGGCUUCUAACAAAACGGCUUUGAGCUGGAUGGACUGGAAUGGGGAAACUGGGUGACAGCAACAGUAACACACAACAACCUGAGAGAAACUCUUCUGUCAUUUUCCUGCUUCUUACGAUUAUCUUUUUCAAACAAGCCACUGCGAAGUGCAGGAUACUGCGAUGUAAUUCUGAAUUUGUGGCGGCCACUGAACCUGGUGGUGGGGCAGUUGGCAACGACGACUACUGCAGUGCAUUACGUGCCUAUUCUCUUUGUACUCGACUCACGUCCCGUGCCUGCUGGGGGGACCUCUCCUAUCAUUCUGCUGUUCAGGGCAUAGAAGACCUCAUGAUUCAACAUCGGUGCCCACAGACAGGACCCACCUCCCGUCCAAGGCCUCAGGCUCCUAUGUCCAGGCAUGAAGGCCACCCAGCAUUGGAUACUUGCAGCUACAACAAAAGCUUUCAAAGGCGAGAGGGACGACUUCCCAGCUUUGUCCAUUGUGGAGUCUUUGGGGAUCCUCAUAUCAGGACUUUUCAAGAUGACUUCCAGACAUGCCGGGUACAUGGAGCUUGGCCACUCAUUGACAACAACUACUUAUAUGUGCAAGCCACAAGCACACCAGUGACCAAAGGUUCAAAUGCUACGGCUCUAACUAAGAUCACAAUUAUCUUCAAGGACUUUAAAGAGUGCAUAGACCAGCAGAUUUACCAGGCCGAGUUAAACAAUGUGCCAGCAGCUUUUAGUGAUGGGUCCACCAAUGGAGGAGAGCGCCGGGGAGGAAACAGCCUGAAAGUUCUGGGACAAGUAGCUGGGCAGAGUAUUGAGAUCCAGGCAGCCUACAUUGGGACCACUAUUAUUGUGCGCCAGACUGGCUCAUUCCUAUCCUUCGCAAUUCAGAUUCCCAUGGAAGUAGCUAAUACAUCCACAGAGGAACAGGACCUCCAGCUGUGCAUGGGCGGCUGUCCAACAUUAGAGAGGCUCCCUUUCUUUCCUUCCUCAUCAGCACUACAAGAAGCAAGGAUAAAAUGUGGCAAAGAAUUGCCAAAGGAGGACAUUUAUUUUCAGGCCUGUGUUUUUGAUGUUUUGGCCACAGGAGAUAUAAAUGCCACUGCUGCUGCCACUUUGGCUUUGAAGGAUGCUAGAAUAUUUAUCCAGGAGAAGGAUAAACUACACCUUUUACCCAGCCUAUCUAGUAAAAAUUCCCCGAGUCAUAUGGCAUUCUCUUUAAUGCUGUUCUUUGUGAUGAUAUUCAGUAUUCUGUAAUCUUUUCAUCCUCGUAUAGCCAUCCUUGAUUUUCUUUACUGGAGGACAUUGUGAAUCAGCCUUUGCAUUUGUAGCAUCUCAAAGAGGUUGAAGAGCAUCUCCAUUUAAACAAAUCAGGACACAAGGCCAUGAAAGGAUUAUUAUGGAUGCCGAAUCAUUAAAAAAAACAUUAAGCGCUUGUAAUAUUGCACGCUUCCAUAAAGCAAAAGUUUGUUCUUUAGAUUUCCACUUGAUGGGAUUUGUGAAUAGAACAAUGCUUUUAUUUUUUUCCCAUUUAUUUAUCUGUAGGUGUGGAUUCAAUACUUCUCCAGCAUAGUGAAAAACAGAUGUUUGUAAUAUAUAAUAUUUUAUGACACA